AUGGGGCGUACCGAAUCCAUUGCAGUUUGUUUUCUUUUUUUUUUCUUUUUCUUUUUUUUAAUUUUUUUUUCACUUUUUUUUUUCAGUUUGCUUAUCAAAAAAAUAAUUCUUGCAUAAAUGCAAGUCUUGUUCUCCAGGAAGCAGUUGCGCACAAUGUAGAACGUGGGAGCAAAGUUUACUGUUGCUUCCUGGACUCUGCCAAAGUCGUUGAUACGAUAUGGAUUGACGGACUGUUUUUCAAAUUGUACAAUAAUGGUAUGAAUGGUAAAUCGUGGCUACUGCUGCGUAAUUGGUAUAAGAGACAAACAAGAAGAGUUCGAGCGAAUGGUCUGAUAUCACAUAAAUUUCCUGUACACCAAGGUGUGCGCCAAGGAGGGAGUAUUAUCACCUUGGUUAUAUCUAUGUUUUAAUAAUGACAUCCCACAAAUUCUCAUCAAACAUUGUGGCAUGCUAACAGUGAACUCUAUUCCCUGUAAUCCAGUUAUGGUGGCUGAUAACAUAACAAUUCUUUCGACUAGGGUCAAAGGAUUACAAGAACAGCUUGAUACUUUGGAAUCCUACAGCUGUCGUUGGCGAUUCGACUUUAACACAAGCAAAACCAUUGAAGUUACAUUUGGAGAAACCACCAGGACAUUCAACAAGAAUAAUGCAACCAGGAACUGGAAGCUAUACAAUGCUAAAGUAG